AUGGCUUCGUCGUUUUUGAGUGAGUUUCCCGCCAAAGCUCCUGCAGCUCCGACACGAAAGCUCCGAUAUGUAGAUGUCGCCGUUACAGCAACAGCAAAAGAUUUUGCAGGCAUAUAUCGCGGGAAGCAGUACCAUGAGCCCGACUUCGAGGCUGUCCUAGACCGAGCAGCAGUAUCUGGCGUAGAUAAAGUAAUGCUCACAGGCAUGCUACUUUCAGACGUGCCUGUCAAUCUCGAUAUUGCAAGAAGAAGAAAAGAACAAUGCAGAGUCACUAUUGGUGUACAUCCAUAUCAUGCCGCUGAGGCUGAUGAAGGAGGCGAACAGUAUUAUCAGGAUCUUGCAAAAGCAAUCAAUACUACCGUCCAAGAGGAGCCUGGACUGUUAGCCGCGUUUGGAGAACUGGGGUUGGAUUACGAUCACCUAGCUGCAGCAUCCAAAGAAACCCAGAUUCGCGUGUUCAAACGACAGCUCGACAUGGUCGUCUCCGAGGGAUGGCAAUUACCACUGUUUCUACACUGUCGAGCAGCCUUCGACGACUUUGUGGCAAUUCUAACACCCUACUUGGAACGCCUACCUCUUAAAUUUGGCUUGGUCCACUCUUUUGUCGGCACCACAUCGCAGAUGCAAACACUCAUUCACAUGGGACUCGAGGUAAGCGUCAACGGGUUCAGCUUCCGCGACCAUGAGAGUCUGGAGAUGGUUUGCGCUAUCCCUCUAGAGAAAAUGCAAAUCGAGACGGACGCGCCGUGGGGCGAAAUCCAAGCUACAAGCGAAGUAUCAAAGGCGUAUCUAAAGAACGCAACGAAGUUAUCAUACGUUGCGAAGAAGAAGGAUAAAUUCGUUAUGGGUGAGAUGGUCAAAGAGAGGAACAAAAGUUGUAAGAUGGAAGGUGUCGCGCUGAUCGUUGCGGGGCUAAAGGGCGUCAGUGUUGAGGAGGUAGCUGAUGCAGCAUACACCAACAGCACAAAAAUGUUCUGGGGAAAUGCCAAGUAA